AUGCAGCACCUACAGGGCGAGAAGGGACAGGUGGACGGCCUGCUGCAGCUCUUGCGGGCGAAGCUCGAGGACGUCGAGGAGGAGAACUUUGACCUGCGCGCGAGCAUGGCGCUGUUCGAGACCGAGACGCGGCUCGAGAGCGACAAGCGGGAGCGAGCGAUGCAGAUCCAAGUGACAGCGCUUGAGUCGGAGCUCGCGUUCUUGUCGGAGAAGCUGCAGACCGUCGAGCGCGUCAAGCAGCGCGCGACCAGAGAGGUCGAAGCGCUGCAGCAGAAGCAGCUGGUCGAGGCCAAGCGGCGCGACGCCGAGCGGCGGCUGCGCGCGACGAAGCGGCGCAAACAAGUGACCGCAAUACCGGCGAGUCAGACGUCGACAGCGACGACGCCGUUGUCUCAGCAGCUGCAGCAGCAGCUGAGUGUGUCGGUGGCCGACACUGGUGUCCAGACCGAGUUGGACCUGCACGAGGCGCGGGAAAGCGACAGCAGCAGAAGCAGUCGGGCGGUUCUCAAGGCAUCGAACGCGCGAGUGGUGUCGCGUCUGUUGACAGGACCGUCGCGGGAUCUCCUGACGCUGCUGCAUGGCGCACUGGCGGCGGAGCGGGCACAAGACGGGGCUGUUAAUGAGCGACACACGUCGCAGAAGAGUUCUGGACGGAAGAAUCCACACAGCAACAACAGCAACAGCAGUAGCUCGUCGCCGACGCAGUUUCUCCAGAGCUCUUUGGGGCACUCGUCGUCGAACGAGUCGCUACAGUGCUCUCCUACGUGCGCUACUGGUGGGGCGAGCGCUGGUCUCGUCUUCUCACAGAGUGUCUUUUCGCAGGUGACGACGAGGCCAAUAGCUCCUCAGGCGUCGUCGAUGCCGAGUACUGAGCUCCUGGAGACCACACAAGCACUGCAGAAAACAGCAGCUACGGAUCGGGCUAAAGAACUGUACGAUGUCAUGGGGAAAAUGCUGUCGGGCGACGUGUCGGUGGUCGCGCUCGCUCCCGUGUUUGUCAAGUACUUUGCAGCUUGGAAGGAGCUCGAGCGGCCUGUGCUGUGCAGUGUGCUGCGCGUCCUGUACGCGGUGAUGCAUCACAGUGCUGACUUUCAGCGCUUUCUGCUGGUUGCAUCGGCACCUUUUGGUGCAACGGUAUCACUGAAUGCAGGAUACCAGAGCGGCGCUGGCAGUGUGGAGCACCCGCGUAUAGCGUUAUCCGGGUUGCGAUUUUCGUCGCUGGGUGAGUACUUAUCGGCUCGAGCAGAGCGUGUGUCGGUGGCGCAGAACGACUUAUUGGAGCUCUCCGAGACGGAAUCGACGACCGCACACAACGAGCUUCGCCAUAAGCUGAUGGGUGCGCUUUGCCGCGUGAUCGAGGGAAAUAUCAAGGAGGCUGCUGUCGUGAUGGACAGUCUACGUGUGCUCUGUGUCUGGGCGGAUCUCGCGUUCGCCCAUUAUUCUGCACUGGUGCCCGACUUUAAGCCGCUGCUAGCGAGUAAAAGCAUCCCGUGCAUCUUGAUGACAGCAGAGAGUGACCUCACUGUCAAGGCACAAGCACUCAGUCUGCUGUCUCAAUUGCUGCGAGUGCCCGAAGUGUUUGCAGAAGUGAAGAUCGAGUCGAAGCAAUCGUUGCUCUUUCAUCGAUGCGCAAAGAUGCUAUCGUGCAACAAGAGUGAUCUGUCUAUGGAGAAAGCGUGCAAUAUGCGCGCUUUCCAGCACGAGAUUGUGAAAGUGUUUUGGACGGCGGUCACGUCGUUUCCGUCCGAAGGGAUUCGUUUCGUGCUGGAGAGCACAUACGGUCCAUACAGUGAUGUCGAUGGGCAUCGGUCGAUUCUUUAUCACCUCGUACAGCUCUUGGAUCAGGAGACUUUCGAGGCAAGAACUAGUGGAGACAAUGGCGUGGUGCAAGAACUGGUGAGCGACCGGAUUCGCUGGGGUUUGACCCAGGACGCGUUCGCGCUGCUGGGUCUGCUUUCGCGUUACGUGGAUCUACAAAUCGAGUUGGGUGGAGACGGCCACGUGCAAUCCUUUCUCGCAGUUUUGUCGUUCCUCAGCAACCUGACUCACGAAGACGUGCAAAUGGACUCGGUCGUUGUAUCAGCACGCGCUCUGAUCGCUCUGAUGACCUUGUCUGGGUGA